AUGAAACUAAAUACUUUAUCUAACGGCUUCCCUUUACAGGUACAACACAAAUCUAAUACCAAAGCAAAUACUAAAAUUAACAGCCAUAUUUUUGCUGUAAAUAUUCCUAACGUUCAUGAACCAGUCACCAAUCUUGAUGAACCAAUUAGAAUAUCACUCCAUGUAACAGAUCCGAAUGCCAUCAACCCCCAAUGUGUCUACUGGGAUGAAUCCUCCGAACAUUGGGCGACAAAAGGCUGUAAUAUGUCCCGCUAUGUACCUAGGAAGAAAGUAGUUUGUUCCUGUAACCAUCUUACAAGUUUUGCUAUACUAAUGAACGUCUACCAGAAUGAAGGAGCUUUAAAGAAUAUUCAACUCUUGUCUAUUCUUUCUAACAUUGGUUCCGGAAUAUCAUUUGUCUGUCUCAUUCUGACAGUAAUAAUUCAUGUUUAUUUCAAAAACCUAUGGAAAGUAAUAGCUUCAAAGAUUUUAGUAAAUUUGUGCAUUUCUUUAGCUGCCACUUAUCUUAUCUUUCUUGCUGGGUUCAAAGCAUAUAGCACAGAAAUAACAGCUGUUUGUAAGGCAGUGGCUGCUCUGUUACACUACUUCCUUCUGACAUUCUUUCAUCUGGAUGGCUGUUGUAGAAGCACUUCAUAUUUUCCUGGGCGUCGUUGUUGUAUUCAACACAUAUCAGUCAUCUUUAUUAAGAAGUGUUCAAUUUUGGCCUGG